AUGACCAGCAGGUCAAACUUCAAACCCUGCAUCUCCAUGUCUGAUGUCAAAGUGCACUUCAGAACACAAAAUCCUUUAAGCUUUGCUGACUGCAACCGACUUCUGUCCUUCGUGCUGGUCUUCACCUGUAGAGAUUCUGUACGUUGUGACCUCAUUGUCAAUUCUGCUACCAAACCUGGAGAGCCUUGGCGUAAAGGAUCAUGCUCAGUGGAUGGAAAGACUCUUUUUCAGUUUGGUUACAAGAUUCAGGUCACAUCUUUCUAUAAACUGACAAUGGAGAAAAAUGCCACUGAGGAGUAUGCAGAUUUGCUUCAAAGUGUGGAAAAUAUUUUAGAAGUGAUGAGGAACCAGCUACGUAGCAUGGAACCAGAGCGAUUCAAGACCACGGGUAAUCACACCUUGCAGGUCGCCAUGGAAACUCAGUAUAAUCAAGGACAACUCACUGAUGCGUCCUGCAACUUCACCAUUGAUGGACAGUUUUCCUUUAGCUUUAAUCCAAUUAAAAAUACCUGGACAGGGAGUGGUACUGGUGCUAGCAGUAUCAUGAAACAAUGGGAGGGAAACAGGGAACUAGGACAGGGUCUAAAGAAGCUGCUCAAGGGAGACUUCACUCACUGCUGCAAGAAAUUGUGGACACUCUGGAGAGAAACGCCAAGAUCAACAAUAAAGACCUGGGAUGUCACCCAGCUUACAUUUGCCACCCAGAUUGUACCCACAGUGAGCAGCACCCAUCCUACAUCUGGCAACCAGAGUCAAAACAUGACCUGGGUGGUGAUUCUAUGUAUAGCAGGAGUCAUCUUCAUCACAUUUAUCACUUAG